AUGAAAUUGUUCGUGGUAGCCGCUGUCCUCGGUGUCUGCUUAGCAGACCGUCUUGACAACAAAUACCUCCCUCCCAGAGGAAACGCUGGUGCCGGCGGUUUCGGCCCUGGCUUCGGCGCUGCUGGUGCCCCCGGCUUUGGUAAAGCCGGUGGUGGUUUCGGCGGAGCUGGUGGCGCAGGAGGUUUCGGCUCUGGUGGUGCCGGUGGAUUUGGUGCUGGUGGUCGUGGAGCCGGUGGUGCUGGAGGCUACAGUGGUGCUGGAUCUGGUUUCGGAGGUGCUGGAGCAGGAUUAGGCGGUGCUGGACCUGGAUUCGGCGGCACCCAAUACUCUGGAAACGCAUACAAUGCUCCUGCCGGUGGACAGUUCAACGCUCGCGGUGGUAACUCCGCUGAUGCCAGCGCUCAGAUCCUCAAACUGAACAGCGAAGUGACCGCUGAAGGAUUCUCUUACGACUUCGAAACCUCAAACGGUAUCCGUGCUGACGCUCGUGGUGUUGCUACCAACGGAGUCCAAUCUCAGGGAAGCUUCGCGUACAAGGGUGAUGAUGGUCAAGACUACAGCAUCACAUACACCGCUGAUGAGAACGGCUACCAGCCCCAGGGUGCUCAUCUGCCCACUCCUCCCCCGAUCCCAGAGGAGAUCUUGAAGUCUCUGGAGCAGAACGCCCGCGAUGAAGCUGCUGGCAUCGUUGACGAUGGUACCUACCGCGGUGAAGGUGCGGGCGCUGGCAACGGUUACUCAUCUGGACCUGCUGGUGGUUACUCCGGCGCUGGUGCUGGUGGUUUCGGUGGUGCUGGAGCUGGUGGUGCUGCAUCUGGUUUCGGCGCUGGUGGUGCUGGAUCCGGUUUUGGCGCUGGUGGUGCUGGAUCUGGUUUCGGAGGUGCUGGUGCUGGUCGUGGCGCUGGAGCUGGUGGUUUCGGAGGUGCUGCCUCCCGUCAAUACCUCGCUCCCAACGCUGGAGGCCGUGGCUCUGGAUCGGGCAACUUCAACUCUCAGACUGGAUACCGAUACUAAGAUGGAAAUACUCGUGAUGGUGCAUGGAGGUGAUGGCUGUGCAAAUGUAGAACAGAAAAUAUUCAAUAAGC